AACAUCUGGGUCUAACAUGGCUCGAUAACUGGAAAUGUGGCACGUAUAUAAUAGUGAGCUAGACUUGGCCACUCCAUAGUGCUACAGACAACCAACUACUGAAGACCUCCGCAAAAUGGCAGAGCUGCAGUCUCGGCUAAGAGGACUAGAGUAUGUGGAAGCACCGUUUUACAUGUUGGCAUUUUCCCAACAAGAAAUCGACAAUGCGCUUUAUGGUUACAUCCGGGGCAUGCUAGGGAAGUCAUCUACUGCGCAUGCUCUAUCAGGAAUCGACUUCAAAAAGCAGCAGCAAAUUGUACGCGAUGAAAAUGACAACGAACAGCACAUAGACCACGUGGCGGCAAGAAAAUGGAGCCCAUGGUUACCACCAGGAGUGUUCAACCAGCCAUUUCCAUACAUGAACUCGCCCACCACAGAAAGCCACCAAGUCACACAGAUAGAGGGGAUACCAGACGAGCUGCGCGUCGUUGCCACCUCACUAGCUGGCGCCGAGGUUUCGGGUGUGUUUUGCAUUGAUCGUUUGAUUCCUAAGGGGACGCGGUAUGGGCCUUAUGGCGGAAAAACCAUCCUGCCUCACGAGGCGGUGACCACGGAUAACGAUUCCUUGUGGGAGAUCUUUCAAGAUGGCGAACUUGUGCAGUAUAUCGAUGGCAGUCAAGAUUCGACUAACUGGAUGAAGUACGUCAAGUGCGCAAGGCAUGACGGGGAACAAAACCUUGCCCUGGCGCAAGACGGGAAUGAGUUGUAUUAUGAUGUUACAAAAGAUAUCUACGAAGGCACAGAGCUGUUGGUUUGGUACGGUGAUAGAUACCUCAAGUACAUGGGAAUCCCGAUAACGAUGAAAACUAAGAUUGCAGAGGUGGACAGCAGCAUCAAUGGAGUUAAUGGCGAGAGUUACACGUGCGACCGGUGUGGCAAAGUUUUCGCGUACAAAUAUUACCGCGAUAAACACCUCAAGUAUACGCGAUGCGUGGAUCAGGGGGACAGAAAAUUCCCAUGCCAUCUUUGCAACAGAUCCUUCGAGAAGCGGGACCGCCUGAGAAUUCAUAUACUGCACGUGCACGAGAAACAUCGCCCGCAUCAAUGCAACGAGUGUGGCAAGAGGUUCUCACAGUCUUCAAGCCUCAACAAGCAUCUAAGAGUACACAGUGGCGAGAGACCGUACAAGUGCCCCUAUUGCAGCAAAGCUUUCACCGCUUCGUCAAUUCUACGAACCCAUAUAAGGCAGCACUCUGGGGAGAAACCAUUCAAGUGCAGACAUUGCGGCAAGGCCUUCGCUUCGCACGCCGCACACGACAGUCACGUGAGACGAACGCAUACCAAAGAAAAGCCAUGUGUGUGCGAGUUCUGCGGGAAGGCAUUCGCACAGUCCUACGAACUCAAAUUCCACCUGAACAUGCAUACUGGAGACAAGCCUUACUCAUGUGACAAGUGCGGGCGAGGCUUCUCCAGUCCGUCGUCACGUGACCGGCAUCGAGCGAACUUUGAUUGCAUGACGAGGAAGAAUCGUGCGCCAAAGACAAUGAGAAAAAAUUCGGAUGGGAGUGAGGUUUAUGAAGACGAUGAGAUGUGUUUGGGUGAGGAAGUGGAGCACGGUGUCAGAGAAAUAAAUCUUAUAGUUACUUGACUCGCUACCCUUAUAGAAUUUAUAUUGUUGUAAAUAUUGAGGAUCUGAUCUCAAAUGACAUUUGUUGGUUUUUGCAUUCAUUACCUUAUUAAAGAAAAAUAUUUAUCACA